UGCUGCUGAUGCUGCUGAUGCUGCUGAUGCUGCUGAUGCUGUUGGUGCUGCUGGUGCUGAGGCUGCUGAGGCUGCGGUGGCUGGUGCUGCUGCUGCCAUUGAUGGGGUGGUGUCGUAUAGCUCUGAGGGGAUGCCUGCCAUUGAGGAGUGGUAGGAGUGGUCGCUUGCGGAUACUGAUGUACCGCGUGUGGUGGAUAUGCUGCUUGCUGCUGCGCAUAUUGUGGUGCUACCACGACCGGCGGGGGUGGAGGAGGAGGAGGAGGCGGGGGAGCGGUGCCCGGCUGAGGAGGAAUGUAGCCCGGAGGAGGAGCGUAACGUGUGAUCACAGGUUUGCUUCCUUUCUUGCUAAUGGCAUUGUUAUUGUUUUUGGGAGGUCGCGGUUUCUGCGCCAUUGCACCAGCUGGAUUCUGUCGACGUGGCUCCGGGCAGAACUGGGCCAUAUGUGUGCCGGAGCCGCAGUUGUAGCAUGACUGGACGCCCACAGCGACUGGAUAAGGCGACUGCUGUGGCGGCGGCAUCGGGACUGGCUGGUAGGGUCCGUAGUGGGGUUGUCUCGGAUUCGCGGCCAUGAUGACAGAGGGUAUCGCGGGUCCGAAGAGGCUAGAAUUAAGAGGUUGUAGAGGAUGGAAGCGACUUGUAAAGGACGGAAGUAACUUUUUGGCAAAAUUAUGCUCUGCAGUUGACGCGCUGUGCAAACCGAGUCCCGCCGGUAUUCAAGAGACAACAAGUAGCUAGGCAGAAAAGUAAGAAGUAGAGAACAGAGAGCGAAAACGAGGUCAAGCUAGAUUCGAGUCAGGAGCAAUGGAUCAUUAUUCGAAUUGCAGAAGGUGAGGUAAGUAUCGAUUGGGAGGUGGUUUUUGUGGUGUUGGUAUUGGUGGUGGUGGUGGUGAUGGUGGUGGUUGUGGCGGUGGAAGUGAGUGUUUUGGAUUAGAGGUAGAAGAAUGGAGG